AGAGGGAUAUGAUGCCUCUCUCAUACUUUGGGGUUUUCCCACUGCACUGGACUUGAAUGAAUUCCCAUCAUUCUAAUCACAAGUUUAUUCUGACUACCUAGCCAAUCCAAACAAGACCCUAAAAGUUCCUUUUCAGGCUCUGGAGAAAUGCCAGCUCAAGGAUACCAUUAGCAGACUUCCACACCAGCUAGAUUCCUCAGUGAGUGAUGAGGGCGACAACUGGAGCAUGGGGCAACGCCAACUGUUCUGCCUCGGAAGAGUACUUCUGAAGAGGAACAGAAUCUUAGUUCUGGACGAGGCAACAGCUUCCAUAGACUCCGCUACAGAUUCCACUCUGCAGAAAAUCAUCAGAGAAGAAUUUUGCAAUUGCACAGUCAUCACUGUUGCUCAUCGUGUUCCCACUGUCAUAGACAGCGAUAUGGUCCUCCUCCUCUCUUUUGGGAAACUCGUCGAAUAUGAUGAGCCUUCAAAGCUGAUGGGAAUUAAUUCUUCAUUCUCGAAACUGGUUGCUGAAUAUUGGUCCAGCUGCAGAAGGAAUUCCAAGGAGGAGCUCAACCACUUGGGUACUAUUUAAGAUGGCAGAUUAUAAUAAUAUACCAAAAGACCAAAGAAAAAAUAAAACAUCUUGAUUUACUUUGGGGUACCAAUGAAAUCACUAUGUACUU